CUCGCCUCGGACAAUCGAGGCUAGACAACCAGGCUAGGCAAUCCUCUAAAGGAAUCCAGGCCGGCGAGCAAUCGCUGCAACGGCAACCACAACUGCACCAGGAACUACAACAACACCUGCGACGUCCCCUGAUCCAAACAGAUCAAAUCGGGAACGGAACUUGCACCUGUCGUCGUCAGCAGCAGGAGCCACCGCAUCAUGGCCCAAUCUCAUCGGGAUCGAGAGCGUGGCUCUGGGCCAUUGCCCAACCGCUGGUUGUAUUGUCCGCGCAAGAGCGACUCCAUCAUCGCUGAGCGAUUCCUGGCCUUCAAGACACCACUGAGUCAGAACUUUCAAGAUAAGAUGCCCAUCGAGUGCACCUUUCGUCCCGAGAUGCUCUUUGACUACUGCAAGACGAUCAAGCUGAAACUUGGCCUCUGGGUGGAUCUGACCAACACGAAACGCUUCUAUGAUCGAUCGACGGUGGAAGAGCGCGGAGCUCAGUAUAUUAAGCUGCAGUGCCGCGGUCACGGAGAAACGCCCUCACCGGAACAGACGCACAGCUUCAUUGAGAUCGUGGACAAUUUUAUUAACGAACGUCCAUUCGAUGUUAUUGCCGUGCACUGCACGCACGGCUUCAACCGAACCGGCUUCCUGAUCGUCUCUUACAUGGUCGAGCGACUCGAUUGCUCCGUGGAGGCAGCUCUAGCUGUUUUUGCCAACGCCCGACCGCCAGGCAUCUAUAAGCAGGACUAUAUUAAUGAGCUUUAUAAGCGUUAUGAUGAUGAAGAGGACGCUCCGGCAGCACCAGAGCAGCCCAAUUGGUGUCUCGAUUAUGAUGACAGCAACGGCGAUGGCUCGGCGACAGACAGUCGAAAGCGGCAAUUUGACGACAAAAGCUCAUCUACGUCACAGCAGGGCCACGAUCAGGAUGAUGAGGUCGAAGGAGAAGGUGAGGGGGCAGAAGGCGACGCAGAUGCAUCCACGUCUGAUGGACAGCCAAGAAAAAAGCGGCGCCGGGAGGUGGUUAUUAAAAAUGCUACCUUUAUGGCUGGAGUUCCGGGUGUGCGGCAAGUUACUGACCAGCCGCGGCUUGGGGAUCUGCAACGUAAGGUACAGGAUUGGUGCCAGUGGAAAAAGAACGGCUUCCCCGGUGCCCAGCCAGUGUCCAUGGACAUGAAGAACAUAAAGCGCCUCAGCGAGAUACCAUAUCGGGUGUCUUGGAAGGCAGACGGUACCCGCUACAUGAUGCUCAUCGAUGGUCGGGAUGAAGUAUACUUCUUCGAUCGUAAUCACUCCUGUUUCCAGGUGGAGAACGUGACAUUUUUAGAUGGCAAGAACCUUAACGAACAUCUCGACGGCACUCUCCUUGAUGGGGAGAUGGUGCUGGACAAGAUUGGCGACACAGUAACGCCGCGGUACCUCGUCUACGACAUUGUUCGUAUUUCUAAUCGUGAUGUGCGGGACAAACCAUACUAUCCCAAUCGACUGGAUCACAUAAAGAACGAUGUUAUUGGUCCCCGCAUCUUGGGCAUGAAGCAAGGUAUAAUCAAUCAGCGCCUUCAGGCGUUUAGUGUGCGCGGCAAAGAUUUCUGGGAUAUUUGGAUGUCUGUUAGACUGCUGGGCGAGAAGUUCUCCCGGAAGUUGGCCCACGAACCGGAUGGCCUCAUCUUCCAGCCAUCUCUACAGCCGUAUACAGCAGGUGUUUGCCCAGACGUAUUUAAGUGGAAGCCACAUGAGCUCAACUCGGUGGACUUUCGGCUCAAAAUUUUAACAGAGCGUGGCGAGGGCUUGCUCACAAUGAAGGUUGGUUUCCUAUAUGUCGGUGGUCAUGAUGCACCCUUCGGACGGAUGCAAAAGCUGACGAAGGAGAUUCGAGACUUGGACAACAGGAUCGUUGAGUGCACCAUGAAUCAGUACGGCAACUGGGAGUUUAUGCGCGAGCGAACGGACAAGAAGCAACCCAACAGUUAUAAUACAGCCUGCUCCGUUGUGGAGAGUAUAAGGCAACCCGUUACUAAGGAAUAUUUGCUAAACUAUAUCGCGAGCUUUGGAUUUCGUGAUGACCAUGCCAUGAUGCCGCCACCGCCCAAUUCCCAUGGCCAUCCACAUGGCAAUCCACAUGCCCAUCCGCAUGGCAAUCCCCAUGCCCAGCCACAUGGCAAUCCCAAUGCCCAUCAGCAUGGUAAUCCUCAUGGCCAACACCAUGGCGGACAACAAGGACAGCGACGGCCCCACUAAGCGUAUGCAGCUAGCGCACCUCACGCCUCAUAUCUCCAUCUCACCAUUGAACCCGACACUAGGAAAUUAAACAGCCCCUAAUAAAUAUAAUUCAAAAAAAGAGAAUUACACAAAACUCUGUGUUGGCCGAAAAAAAUGUUCGAAUUAUAUGAUUUUUUGGUUUAGUUGGACUUUUAAACGAUUGUAGCCUUUGAUAGUAGCUGACGAGUAUUCCAUUAAGUUAUAUUUUAUCUUAACAAGAUCAAAUUAGCCCAAACGAUAAAUAAUUGCUUAAAAUGCUCUUAAUUAACUGACUUUUUAAAUUAAAUGUAUAAAAUAUAAAAAAAUUUCGUUUAAAUUAUUUGUAAAUUCAUGAACGUUUUAAAAGUAUUAAAUAUUAGAAACAUUUCAACUAUGCAGCCGUAA